AUGGCGCUGUUCUACGUCGCGCGGUACCCGGGCCCCGAUGCGGCAGCUGCGGCGGGGCCGGAGGACGCGGAGGCCGGGGCGCACGGCAGGGCCCGCGCGCUGCUCGAGCGGCUGCAGAGCCGGGCCCGCGAACGGCAGCAGCAGCGGGAGCCCGCGAAGACCGAGGCGGCUGCACCGACCGAGCCGGCGACCAGGAGGCGACGGCGGCCCCGGCGGCGGCGGCGGGUGAACGACGCGGAGCCGGGGAGCCCGGAGGCGCCGCAGGGAAAGCGACGGAAGGCGGACGGCGAGGACGCGGGCGCAGAAAGCAACGAGGAGGCGCCAGGGGAGCCCAGCGCAGGGAGCAGCGAGGAGGCGCCGGGGGAGCGCAGCGCCAGCGCCGAGGCGGCCCUAGAUGGACGGGCCCUGGAGGAGGCGGCCGGACCCCUGGUCCCCGGCCUGGUGCUGGGGGGGUUCGGGAAGAGGAAGGCGCCGAAGGUCCAGCCUUUUCUGCCAAGGUGGCUGACUGAGCCUAGCUGUGUCAGAAAGAAUGUCACCGAAGACCUGGUUCCUAUCGAGGACAUCCCUGAGGUCCAUCCUGACCUGCAGAAGCAGCUGCGGGCACACGGCAUCUCGUCCUACUUUCCAGUACAGGCAGCUGUGAUUCCCGCCCUCCUAGAGAGCGCGGCCUGUGGGUUUCUGGUGGGCAGAGGCGGCUACCGGCCUAGUGACCUCUGUGUUUCUGCCCCGACAGGCAGUGGGAAGACACUGGCCUUUGUCAUCCCUGUGGUGCAGGCCCUGCUGUCAAGAGUGGUCUGCCACAUCCGUGCCCUGGUCGUGCUGCCCACCAAGGAGCUGGCCCAGCAGGUCAGCAAAGUUUUCAACAUCUACACAGAUGCCACACCUCUGAGAGUCUCUCUGGUUACGGGACAGAAGUCUCUGGCCAAGGAGCAGGAGAGCCUCGUCCAGAAAACAGCUGAUGGGUACCGCUGCUUGGCUGACAUCGUGGUAGCCACCCCCGGCCGCCUGGUGGACCACAUCGACCAGACCCCAGGAUUCAGCCUCCAGCAGCUCCGCUUCCUGGUCAUCGACGAGGCUGACCGGAUGAUUGACAGCAUGCAUCAGUCCUGGCUGCCGCGGGUGGUGGCGGCCGCCUUCCAGAGCGAGGACCCCGCGGACCCCUGUGCCCUGUUCCAGCGAAGACAGGCCCAGGCUGUGACAGCUGCCAGCACCUGCUGUCCCCAGAUGCCCCUGCAGAAGCUGCUCUUCUCAGCUACUUUGACCCAGAACCCCGAAAAGCUGCAGCAGUUGGGCCUCCACCAGCCCCGGCUUUUCUCCACAGGGCUGACACACAGGGGCCUGGAAGAUACAGAUGGGGACGGGGAUUCGGAGAAGUAUGCCUUCCCUGUUGGGCUCACGCACCACUACGUGCCCUGCAGCCUCAAUUCUAAGCCGCUGGUCGUCCUGCACCUGGUCCUGGAGAUGGGCUUCUCGCGGGUUCUCUGCUUCACUAACUCCCGAGAGAACUCCCACAGGCUCUUCCUGCUGGUGCAAGCUUUUGGGGGUGUGGACGUGGCUGAGUUCUCCUCGCGCUACGGGCCUGGCCAGAGGAGAAUGAUCCUGAAGCAGUUUGAACAAGGGAAGAUCCAGCUGCUCAUCAGCACGGACGCCACCGCCCGAGGCAUCGAUGUGCAGGGUGUGGAGCUGGUGGUGAACUACGACGCCCCCCAGUACCUGAGAACUUACGUGCACCGGGUUGGGAGGACGGCCCGUGCUGGGAAAACUGGACAGGCCUUCACACUGCUCCUGAAAGUGCAGGAGAGGAGAUUCCUCUGGAUGCUGACUGAAGCGGGGGCACCUGAGUUGCAGCGGCACGAGCUCUCCAGCAAGCUGCUGCAGCCGCUGGUUCCUCGGUACGAGGAGGCCCUGUCCCAGCUGGAGGAGUCCGUCAAGGAAGAGCACAAGCAGAGGGCGGCCUAGGCUGGGGCUCAGAGGGCCGGAGGGACUGAGCGCUCACCCCCCUGACCCUCCUUCCAGAGCAGAGCUGACCACUGGAUGCUGCAUGUGAGGAAAGGAAUCCCCCAGUGGACACAGCCUUCCUCCCCAAGCACGUGGUCUCUGCGCCAGGCAGCCCGGGCGUCAGAGCUCAAGCACCCGCCCAGACUGGAGACUUUAGGGUCUGUCACUUUCACAGUGCGAAGGUCAGCAUGGCCGCUGGUGAUGAAGCCUUAGUAAAACGGUGAAAAGUACUCCCCAACAGACGCAGGCACCUGUCAUGCUUCUCCCAAACAGACGCAGGCACCUGUCAUGCUUUUGGCUGAGAGCUGGGGGGAUUAACCUUGAGCUAAUGUUAAAAAUCAAGCUCUUGGCCAGGCGUGGUGGCUCAUGCCUGUAAUUCCAGCACUUUGGGAGGCCAAGGCAGGUGGAUCAUGAGGUCAGGAGAUCAAGACCAUCCUUCCUAACACGGUGAAAGUCCAUCUCUACUAAAAAUACAAAAAAAAAAAAAUAAAAAAAUUAGGCGAGCGUGGUGGUGGGCGCCUAUAGUCCCAGCUACUCGGGAGGCUGAGGCAGGAGAAUGGUGUGAACCCGGGAGGCAGAGUUUGCAGUGAGCCAAGACUGCGCCACUGCACUCCAGCCUGGGUGACAGAGUGAGACUCCGUCAAAAAAAAAAACUCCCCUCCCCAGAUUUGUGAACCUUGUGAUUGUUCAGUGGACACCUCACGUAUUGCUGGUGGGAAGGUCACACGUGGAGACAGCUGGGCAGAGCCUUGGGGUGUUAAACGCAGUCACUCAUGACCCGGCACCUCCUCUUCUACGCACCUUGUACACCCCAGAUCAGUGAGACCUGUAUCUACACAGAAACGCACACAAAUCUCUCAGCAGCAUUGGUCACAGUAGCCAAAAUCUAGAAACUAACCACAUGUCCAUCAGCUGAUGAAUGGAGAAUAAAACGUGGGAAAUCCACACCAGGAGAGAAAAAGGAGCGAGGCACCAGCACAGGCACCACGUGGAUGAACCCGGAACCUGACGCUAAGUGAAGGAAGGCUCCGGAACCCGACACUAAGUGAAGGAAGGCUCCGGAACCCGACACUAAGUGAAGGAAGGCUCCGGAACCCGACAUUAAGUGAAGGAAGGCUCCGGAACCCGACACUAAGUGAAGGAAGGCUCCGGAACCCCACACUAAGUGAAGGAAGGCUCCGGAACCCCACACUAAGUGAAGGAAGGCUCCGGAACCCGACACUAAGUGAAGGAAGGCUCCGGCUAUAGGGAGUGUCCCAGGCACAGCCAGACAUUGAAGGGUGCUGGGGCUGGGAGUGAGCAGGGGUUGGGGCUGGGGACACAGUGGCCAGUGUGUGGGUUUGUUUUGGGGAUGAUGAAAAUGUUCUUGGAUUGUGCUGAUAGCUGCUCACCUCUAAACCUUUUACUAAAAACCAUGGACUGGGUGGAUACAGUGUGUGAAUUCUGUCAGUCCAGCGCUUUGUUUGAAAAAGGUGGAUGAUGCCAACAUCACUAACCACCAGGGAGAUGCAGGCCACGGCCACACCCGGCUCCCGGCUCACCGGAGUUGUGAGGAUGGAAACACCAGCCCACCCCCCUCAAUUCAGACCUCAGCUUAGAUGCAAAGAAUGUCUGGGACGGGUACUGGCAGCUGAUGAGAGAUGCAACCACUGAACCUGUGGACUGUGUUCAAACAAAUGCCAGCAGAACAUAAAGGCGACUGUUACAGGAGGCAGAAAGAAAUGAUUUAGGUAGAUGGGGUAAAGCCAGUCCCCAGCAGAAAACUUGCCUUUUAACAAAAAGCAGCUGAAAAAUAGCUCUUUUUCUAACCUCUGAGUUCAAAAUCACUUCUCUUCUCACAACAAGCAGCCAGAAAGAGCAGACAGUAAAUCAUAGAUGAGACAGCUCGGGCACAGAAGGAGUGCGGGGGGAGUCUCCUGGGUAAUCACCAAACUUCACACUUCCACAAUGGGCCCCAGUAAAACAGUGGACCCUAAUAAGCACAUUCCUGUCACCUUAGGCGCACUAAGAUAGGGAAGCUAAAAGCAGACGGUGAGGGGUGCCUGUAAUCCCAAGAAGAUGUCUGGGAACAGACCCAGAGACCCUCCCAGAAAAACGUCACAGAGCAGCACAGACUAAGAGUCUGAUAGAAACUCUACACAAAUAGCACACCUUGUCCCAGCUAAAUCCUUGGGUCCUGGGAGGACAGGACAUCCCUCCUCUAACCUCUCGUCACUAGCCCAUUUAUAAAAACCUUGACCGGCCGGGCGCGGUGGCUCACACCUAUAAUCGCAGCACUUUGGGAGGCCGAGGCGGGCGGAUCACCUGAGGUCAGGAGAUCGAGACCAUCCUGGCCAACAUGGUGAAACCUCAUCUCUACUAAAAAUACAAAACUUAGCUGAGCAUGGUGGCACGUGCCUGGAGUCCCAGCUACUCAGGAGGCUGAGGCAGGAGAAUCACUUGCCCGGGAGGUGGAGGUUGCAGUGGGCCAAGAUCACCCCACUGCACUCCAGCCUGGCGACAGAGGGGAAAAGAAAAAAGAAAUCUUGACAUCUUUACUACAACUUGGCAACCCGCUCAGGCCCCCUCUGCGACGGAGAGCUGUUCUUUCCUUUUGCUUAUUAAACUUCUGCUCCAAA